CUUGGUCCCAUCUCCAGGUGCCAAUCCGUUGUCUCAACUUGACCAGCUGGAACUUCGGGAUUCCACUAUCUCGUAAAGCGUCACCUAUGACGGGCCCGAGAUCCUAGGAAAUCGAUUCAUCAUCUGCGCAAGCCUCAUGUAUGUAGGUGAAUACGUGAUACGCCUUACUUAACCCAGACACGCCAAAUCCAAAACAUCACGUUCAACCCUCCAACAGCCCCGCAAAACCACCUAUCACCUGGAACGCCCAGCCCAAGCAUCCAUUUCCCAAACUACCCCAGCUUCGGAUCACAUUCAAAUCAAACAUCACAGGUGCGGGCCUAACUUGGAGCAUUCACUAGUCGAGCUUGAGAUCGCGACGACAUCUCUCCAGCAGCCCAUCUUAUAUCCUUCAACUUGCCGCUGCGAUUGUCGCUCUGGCAGCUGUUCCGUCCUCCAUCUGUCAUCUGCUGCCCUUGGGGUAGGACCCGCUCUCCUCAAUCGCCCUGCCUUGUCCGUGCUGGCAAGCACCAAGCACCAAGCACCACCACGCAACGCACGCUGCACCCAGCACCGCACCCGCACCCCGAUCCCGACAACUCAGCUUCUUCCUCGACUGCGCCGCUCAAGCCCCGCCAUUGGCAGAGCUGUGCCCCGACCCGCCGUCUUGAUCAUCCGGCAGCAACACGACGAACCCCCGGCGCGCUCUGAAGCGACCACAUACCUGUCUGUCGGUGUCGAUUGCGUGAAUGCACAACCCGGGACUCGUCGGAACAUUCGAUCACCAGAACAACCGCGUUGCACGGGAUAGCCUGACCCUUGCCUUCCUGCCUACCCGAGCAUACCGCUGAACGACGUGCUCUGUUCCCAGCAGUAGGGUCGAGUUGGGCGCCUCUAACCGCCCCACAGACGAGAAGCUGUUGUCCACCAAGAUGAAGCGUUUCAGCCAGAGAGUCCUCUCACGAGGUCGGGACAGGGACUCAAGCAAGUCCUCCAAGAAGAAUAAGGAUUCGAAGGACGGAACGGCUUCGCCGAACUCCAAGGACGCCAACCAGUCGCCAAAUCUGACCCCGUCCAGUUCUACAUCGACUUUGAACAAGCCUCUGCCGCCCAACAGCGCUGUUCAUGAUGAUCAUGGAAAUGCCACCCUGAACGCUCAGGUUGGCGCCGGACAGAACGCCGGUGGCCCGGAUCGUUUUGGUAGCCUGGGAGGUCAGACAGCGGGGGCAAAUGGAGGCAGCACACCCGUUAGACACGGCACUCUCCCGCCUACCGUCAUCAUCAGCCCAAGUGCUCCGCACGUCCCCCCGCCUGGUGCCGCCGAAACCAUGCCCCACGACCUCGCCCCUCCGAAAGCCGGCCAAAAGUCCCUGAUGUUUGACCGACUGCAUCAAACCCCCAAGGAUGUCCUCGAGGGCCCCAAGACGCCGAGACGGCAACAUUCGUCACGAUUUGACAUCUCUGCUCAUCGCGAGCUCGAGAAGCUCCCCGGCUUUCACGAGGUUCCCCCUGGACGCCGCGAGGAUCUGUUCAUGAAGAAGAUUGAUCAAUGCAACGUCAUCUUCGAUUUCAACGAUGCCAGUGCCGACAUGAAGUCCAAGGAGAUCAAGAGGCUGGCGCUUCAUGAGCUUUUGGACUAUGUGGCCAACAACCGUCAGGUUAUCACAGAACCCAUGUAUCCAGUCGUGGUUGGCAUGUUUGCCAAAAACCUGUUCCGCCCCAUCCCGCCUCCCAUGAACCCUCAGGGCGAGGCCUUCGAUCCCGAAGAGGACGAGCCUGUGUUGGAGGUUGCCUGGCCGCAUAUUCAGGUCGUGUACGAGUUCUUUCUCCGGUUCAUUGAGAGCCAGGAUUUCAACACAAACAUCGCCAAGGCAUACAUUGAUCACAGCUUUGUGCUCCAGCUUCUCGAGUUGUUUGAUUCUGAGGACCCUAGGGAGCGCGACUUUUUGAAGACCACCCUCCACCGUAUCUACGGCAAAUUCCUCAACCUCCGAUCCUUUAUUCGCCGCUCGAUCAACAAUGUGUUUUUCCAAUUCACCUACGAGACGGAGCGCUUUAACGGCAUCGCGGAGUUGUUGGAAAUUCUCGGUUCCAUCAUCAACGGUUUUGCUCUGCCCUUGAAGGAGGAGCACAAGCUGUUCCUUACCAGGGUGCUGAUUCCCCUCCACAAAGUCAAGAGCCUGAGCAUGUACCACCCUCAACUUGCGUACUGCAUUGUUCAGUUCCUCGAGAAGGAUGCCUCCCUGACAGAAGAGGUGGUUCUCGGUUUGUUGCGUUACUGGCCCAAAGUCAACAGUACCAAAGAGGUUAUGUUCCUCAAUGAGGUUGAAGACAUUUUCGAGGUCAUGGACCCAGCCGAAUUCGCCAAGGUUCAGGAGCCUCUCUUCCACCAGCUCGCCAAAUCGGUUGCCAGCCCCCACUUCCAGGUCGCUGAAAGGGCUCUUUACUUCUGGAACAACGAGUACUUCUGCAACUUGGUCAGCGACAACGUCGAGAUCAUUCUCCCUAUCAUGUUUGCCCCUCUGUAUGAGAACUCCAAGGGCCAUUGGAAUAGGACGAUCCAUGGCAUGGUGUACAAUGCUAUGAAGCUAUUUAUGGAGAUCAACCCCCAGCUGUUUGACGACUGCUCACAUGAAUACACAGAGCAGCAGAACAGCGCAUCCGCGAGGGAAGCUCUUCGCGAGAGAAAGUGGGCUGCCAUCGCAGAGCAAGCCAACCGGCGGAAAUCUCUCAAUGGAACGAGCUCGGCUGCUGGGGGCCCACCAACCCGGACCGCCGUAGCCCAAAUGCCCGCUUUGAACGAAGUGGACGCAACUGAGGACAACCAGAUGAGGCUGGAUUCACUCAACCUCCAGGACGGUGACCGGAGAGACCGUCGGCCCACGCACGAGAGACAGAACUCGGCGGGCUCUGGCAGGGGGCAGCGGUGAUCUUUGGAUCGAUCGGUCUGCAUAAAAAAUAAUUACAGUCUCUUCGGCAACAGGCGGUCAUCCUUUCCUGAAAGUCGUCAUCUCCGUCCGAUCCCAAUUCACACGACACUCUUCCCCCUUGGCUCAUCCUGCGAGCCCUGCGUUUGGCUUUACCAAUACCUCGCAAUGUCUGUUGACGAAAAUGAUACUGGAGCUUAUUAGACGGCGGCACCCAGUCAGUUCAACGACCGCUCAGGCGGGGAAUGAAUGCUGAUGAUUUUGUUGUUAAUAAUUCAGAUUUCGACGGAGUACAUAGCAUCGGGGUUACUUCAUUUCAGUCUACGCGAGGGAGUAUGCUAUUAUCUUGCUGCUUUUGGUGGUUGGCUUUCAGUGGGCUCAGGGUGGCUGGAUGGGUGGUUGGAGUGGUGGGCAAAAUUACAACAAAAAGGGCUAUUGGCCGUUGCGCCUCGAAUCAAUAAUCGAUCCUCAAGAAUCAUUCAGCCUUUUUCCGCUCCGUUUCUCCGCCUUUCAAUGGGCAAGGUACACCGGGAUGGAAAGAGUGGCCGGACUGCAGAUACAGAAAAGUCUUGUGUGCCGGGUUUACUACUUGGGACACCAGAUGAAAUCACAGAGGCAAGUGUUUGUUGGCUGGUCAAGGGAGGGGACGACUGCUGGAAGAGGGAGAGAGGGAAAAGCGAAAAAAAAGGGGAGAGCGGAGGGAGGAAGGGGAAAUUGGUUUGGGUUGCAAUAGAAUGGGGGUGUGGUUGCUUUCCGAGAAGCUUCUGGACGAAUAUUGUUGUUAUUUUCCUCUCUUCCCUUUUUUUCUUUCUUUUUCUAUUCUUCUCCGGACACUAUGUGUCUCACUCUUUUUUUUUUUUUUGCUUCUUCUUCUUCUACUUUAUCUAUUUUGUUCGGUUACUUUUGUUUGUCGUUUCUUCUAUCAUUCAAAGACCUGCUCAUUCUUCCUUCUAUAGCGGGGGCCCCUACUACAAUGAAUGGAUGGUAUGGCUUCUUCUUUUUCCAAUGGUGACGAGAAACCUGACGACUACCUACGUAUGGCCUGCCUGCCCUGAUGAAGACCGUUCGCGAUUCCCACUCCCCACCCGCUGCUCAGGUGCUGUAAGAAAUAAAGAAAAAAAGUAGCUGUAUUCGUAGCUGUAGUUGGUAGUGGUAGUGGCAAUGAGUUAGAUGGUGUACAAGGG